AAUAUUGUUAUUUAUCUGUGGAGGUUUUUUUUUAGCAUUUAAACUAAAUAAAUAGUGUGUGUUUGUUUUUUUGUUGUGCAUAGUGAUAUCAAAACAAAAAUGCUAUGUUUUCUGCUUAACGUUCUUUUUUUUGGUUCUGAACUAACAACAUUGUUAUCGUACAAAUCGCACCUGUUGAAAGUUUCUAGAACUUGGACGAAAAAAGUUUAAUAUAACAAUUUCUUGAGUAUUAUAAAAAUGCCACCAAAUUCCGAAAAUGCCAAUCAUCAAACACAAUCAGCCCCUGUCGAUGAUAUCGCCGACAGAACUACAGAUGAACAAAAAUCCAAAAUUAUUGUGAAAUAUCGUAAAAAUUUCUACGACAUUACAAGAUUCCUGCAUAAACAUCCGGGUGGCAUCAAUACCCUGAGAGGCUUAGAAAAUGCCGAUAUGACAGCACGUUUUAUGCGUGCCCCACCGCACUCAGAUGCUGCCAUGUAUUUAAUGAAAGAAUAUCAAAUAAAGACAAUACCGCCAAAAUGGAGAAAUGGUCGUCGACAUGCGCCAGAGAUUAAGGAAAAUAUUGAAAUUGUCGAAGAGGAAGAUCACGAUGAAAAUGCAAAGAAACACACAAAUAAUAAUGAUUUGGAUGAUAGUAUGGAGUAUUAG